GGAGUUUAGAAAAAGCAGUGAGUUUGUCCAGGGCCCCAGAGGUUGUGUUAUUUCCUUAGGGAUUUCCCAGUCUGUCUCUGACCAUUAGUGAAUGAGGAGAGGCUGCAGCAGAGCCGGUAAUGGAGAUGGGCACAUUCCUGCAGAGGAUAUUCCUCUCCUCCCACGCCUCCUCCGCUUCCUGCUGGGACUUCUCUCGGGGUCAGUGCAGAGCCCAUUGCGCCUCCUCCUCCUCCUGCGCCUCUUGGUGAAUCCCCCCGGCUGAUUUGUGUCUGUCCCAGCGCUAAUGACAGAGGCUCCGCGUCACUGUGCGCACUCAGCUGUCACCCGGAUCCGCCUCCAGUGCCUUUACUGGAUAAUAUUUAUGUGGGGAUUCUGCGCCCCCUCCCCGGCAUGUGCCUUCCCUUCCCAAGCGCUUAUAAGUAUCACAGCUCAGCCGCCAGCGCACACUGAUACAUCUCCCCGGCGCACACUGAUACAUCUGCUCCUGGCGCACACAGCGCUGCAUCAACCCAUUGGAUAUUGACUUGGAGCAGCUGGGAAGACGCAAAGUUGGUUAGAUCGUAUCCACAGGCUCCAUAGCCAGCCCAGCGCUAUUUAAGCGCUGCAUUUUCAUUGCGCGUUCCGUUGCGCACUAGCGGUUCCCCCUAUCCAAUUCCAUGCGGCUGCCCAACAUGUCAAGUAACUUUCUGCUAGCGCCCAUCCCGGAGAGCGCCGAUUACUUUACCGCCAGGGAGAUUAAAAUGGCAGUGAUGGGAACCGGCGGUGUUGGGAAAACAGCCAUGAUUGUGCGCUUCCUGACCAAGAGAUUCAUCGGAGAUUAUGAAGCCAAUACAGGGAAUCUAUACUCCAGGCUUGUGGUUAUGGAUGGGGAACAGACUUCUCUGCAAAUCCAAGACACCCCUGGAUGUAUUAAGGUGGAGGAUGACGUUUCCCCGGAGGUUCUGAGAUACGUCCAGUGGGCCGAAGGUUUUCUUCUUGUCUAUUCAAUGACGGACUUCAGGAGUUAUCAGGGCAUCCGGCCCCUCUACCAGCACAUCCGCAAGGUUCAUUUGGACUCUAAGGUGCCGGUCAUUAUAGUGGCCAAUAAAGGGGACCUGCUGCACAUGAGGGAGGUGUCACAUGAUGAGGGCAUCCAGUUGGCCAAUGAACUGGGCUGCACCUUUGUGGAAAUCUCCACCAGUGAAAGCUGCGAGGAUGUGUGCGACGUGUUCCAGCACCUGUGCAAGGAGAUCACCAAGCUGCAGGGCACCAAUCCCGCAGAGAAAAGGAGGGGCUCCAUCAUUCCCCGCCCAAAGUCCCCCAACAUGCAGGAUUUAAAGAGACGCUUCAAGCAGGCCUUGUCUCCCAAAGUGAAAGCCUCCUCCACGGUGGCGUAGGGACAUUUACCCAACAGGACUUCAUUUUUUUUUUUUUUUUUAAAUGCAGAUUUUCUUUAUUUUUCUACCAACCAGUUUUUUGUUUAGUUUAUUUUUUAUUUAUAAAUAUAUAUAUAUAUUUUGUAAUGUAUUUUACGGGAUACCUGCAGGCCAUUAGAACUUCCACAGCAAUGUGUCUGAGCCUUAAUAUCAAAUAAUAAAUAAUAUUGUACCAUU